CAGUGAUGUCCGAGCUCAGUGAUGAAGCCAGCGAGCCGGAACUCCUGAACCGCAGCUUGUCCAUGUGGCAUGGGCUGGGGGCACAGGUCAGCCGGGAGGAGCUGGACGUCCCCCUGGAUCUUCACACAGCUGCUUCCAUUGGCCAGUAUGAAGUGGUGAAGGAAUGUGUGCAGCGGAGAGAGUUAGAUUUGAAUAAGAAGAACGGUGGUGGCUGGACCCCGCUGAUGUAUGCCUCCUACAUUGGCCACGACACCAUCGUGCACCUGCUGCUUGAGGCGGGGGUGAGUGUGAAUGUGCCGACCCCAGAAGGGCAGACUCCACUGAUGCUGGCCUCCAGCUGUGGCAACGAGAGCAUCGCCUACUUUCUCCUCCAGCAUGGCCGCCUGGAGGGCGCCCGCCCCACGCAGAGGAGAUGAGGCCGUAACGCACGUUCUGUGUUCUCUUGAAGCAAGGUGCAGAGCUAGAAAUGAAAGACAUCCAGGGCUGGACGGCCCUUUUCCACUGUACCAGCGCCGGGCACCAGCACAUGGUCAGGUUCCUCUUGGACAGUGGAGCCAAUGCCAACGUGAGGGAGCCGAUAUAUGGAUUUACUCCUUUGAUGGAAGCAGCUGCGGCUGGCCAUGAGAUAAUCGUGCAGUAUUUUCUGAAUCACGGAGUCAAGGUGGAUGCGAGAGACCACAGUGGAGCCACAGCUCGGAUGCUGGCCAAGCAGUACGGACACAUGAAGAUCGUGGCCUUGAUGGAUACUCACUCGCCCUCUCUGCCCAAGAGCCUCUAUCGGAGCCCAGAGAAGUACGAAGAUCUGAGCUCCUCUGACGAGUGCUGCCCUGCUCCUCAGAGACAGAGGCCGUGCCGGAAGAAGGGCGUCAGCAUCCACGAGGGACCGCGAGCGCUGGCCAGGAUCACAGGCAUUGGCCUGGGCGGCAGAGCCCCACGGCCUCGCUAUGAGCAGGCUCCUCCCCGGGGCUAUGUCACCUUCAACAGCAGUGGUGAGAACCCCCUGGAAGAAGAGGGCCUCUGCUGCCGGGACGUCACCUCCCCCAUUAACGAGCGGGACGUGGAGAGCAGCAGCAGCAGCAGCAGCCGGGAGGAACAUGCGUUCUGUGCCAACCUGGAGCCUGUCCAGAGCAGCAGCAGCAGCGAGGGCCUGGCCAGAGCCCAGGGGCUCAGCAGCGAGGCUUCUGUGGAGAGCAAUGAGGACUCGGACCACGCCUGUAAAAGCUCAGCUCGCAAACAAGCUAAAAGUUACAUGAAGACCAAGAAUCCUGACAGCCAGUGGCCUCCCCGCACUGGGACUGACAGGGAAGACUUUCCCCUUGAGUCCAGCCCCCAGACUCAGAGGACCCCCUACUCAGGACCGCAGGACCUGGCCACACUGCUGGAGCAGAUCGGGUGUCUGAAGUACCUGCAGGUGUUUGAGGAGCAGGACGUGGACCUCCGCAUCUUUCUGACCCUCACUGAGAGUGACCUGAAGGAAAUCGGCAUCACGCUGUUUGGGCCCAAGAGGAAAAUGACGUCCGCCAUUGCCCGCUGGCACAGCAGUGCCCGCCCGCCCGGGGACGCCCUGGAGCUGGCCUACGCUGACCGGCUGGAGGCUGAGAUGCAGGAGCUCGCCAUCCAGCUGCACAAGCGCUGCGAGGAGGUAGAGGCCAUGCGGGGCCAGGUGUGCCAGGAGCAGGAGCUGCGUGCCGUGGUGGAGAGCUGCCUGCUGGAGCAGGACCGUGCCCGCGAGGACCUCCAGGCCCACCUGCAGGAGACGUGGGCCCUGGCCCGGGACGCUGCCCUUGUCCUGGACCAGUUGCGAGCCUGUCAAGCUGAGCUGUCAUCCCGAGUGAGGCGGGACCAUCCCCCUGGUGCAGCCACCCUGGGCCCAGGCCUCCCCGCAGCUGACGCCAAGGGAUGGCAAGUGUCCCUGCAGGCCAUGAGCCUCCCCGAGCUCUCGGGAGCCCUGGAGGACCGUGUCCACGAGAUGGGGCAAGCACUGUGCUCAGUGACCCAGAGCCUGGAGAAGCUGCAGGUGCUGAACGGGAAGAAGUGGCGGGAGCCCUAGCCCGCGGGCCGAAUCUGACGUUGGGUGAUUGGUCCACCCUGAAGCUGUGUGCCAGGGAGUGAAGAGGACAGUAAGCAGGCAGCUGCCACGUGCAGCCCAGGCCCAGUGGGGGCCAGAGGAUCAGGCCCCGGGAGCAGCCGGCAGACAGAGGCAAGACAGGGGCUGCGGCCCUGGCCGAGCAGCUCGGGCCAGCACUGAGGCGGGACGAGGGUCUCACCCAGAACCUGGUGGUGAGGCCCAGAGUUCAUGGGCUGCCCUGGCCCAGACCAGGCAGGGCCCUGGGGGAAAAGUAUAUCCAUACACACACACAGGUGCCAACUGAGGUGUGACCUUAGGGGUGAGGACUGGGGCGCCUCGAAAAUGCCAUUUGUUGGAAAAUAAAAUUGAACAGCUA